AGGCGUCUUCAUUCUCAAAACAUUUUCUUCCAAAGGUUUUACAAAAGUAGUGAGAUAAACUCACAGAAUGGCAACCCCAAAAGAAGACUUGCUCACCAAGGUGUCUACAGAAGGAGCAACCGACUUCGUCCAACUCUAUCAUUCGGCACUCUCCUCCAACAAACGCUCAAUAGCCUCCUUCUACAGCUCCGCGCCAACAAACAUCCUCUUCAACGGAAACGUUAUCGCAGACGGUGCCGCGGUCGAAGACAUCUUUACCAACCAACUACCCACAACACGUCAUGAUAUACAGUCUGUCGAUUGUCAAAUUAUAAACAAAACCUAUCCUACAACCACCCCCGGUAAAACAGCUAGAGAGAACGCCAAAAAUAUUUCCAUGCUGGUGAUUGUGAGUGGAUCGGUGCAGUACGGAGGCAAGGACUCCCCGCAACAUGGAUUCAGUGAGACGUUUGUUUUGAUACCGAAUGUCGAAAACAAGGAGAAGAAUCGAAAGGAUUGGCUUAUUCAGAGUCAGAAUUUUCGAUUGGUCGUUUGAUUGGAUUAUGGUCACCGGGCAUCUCACCCUUCCGCGGAUGCACCAAAAUAGGCGAUUCUCAAUGUCAUACGGGGUACCACAACAGCAAACAUACAAAUACAUCGGUUAAUUUGUUGUCUAUGGUACUGGGACGUUUUAACUCCUCGUUGGCCGCAAGUUCGCUUUGACUCGUUCUAUGAGUACUUCUCGGGAUGCCUUAUCUGACGCCAUAAGAUUUCUCUGCAGACAGUUAGUGUUGUCCAUAAACGAUGAUGGGCAGUCUGCUUACUGCUCGAAGCCACCUCUUCAGCUCUUCUGUCGUCCAUUCUUCGGGUUCUACAAAGUCAGCAUAGGCUAUCAGCAAUGCUGUGACCAAAACAUACCUCCUUUAGGAUCUGGUUCUGCGGGAAACAUGUCGCUGCCCCAUAUCGACCAAGCCGAUACGGCUGUGACGAUUCCGGCGAAUCCUGUUGUCAUUAGUACAUUUGUCAUGUAUCCUGAAUUGCGAAGAAUAUAUACCCAGAAGAAGGUUCUACACGUGUUAGUUAGAUGUUGCCAGAACUUGGAGUGGUUCGCACCUUGGAAGAUAGAGCUUUGUCUAAUUGAGUUGGCAUUACGACGG